AUACAAAUAUUCCUGAGCUCCUCCUAACUGCAUGUAAACACCUGUAUGAAUUGUGAAAUUUAACUGAUGCCGAAGACAAUAUAAAGCUGGAGAGAGACCUAGCAAACAACAGCAAGACACACAAGGCACUUGUCAACAACAUGAACAACAUGUUCUGGAUCAGUAGCUUUUUCGCUUUGGUGGCUUCCACUCAAGGAUGUGGAGUGCGUCAACUUCAUCCGCAUGCUCUUUUUGACAGGAGUAUAGAUGCGGAAUACAAAAUACAUCCUAUAGAUGAGAACAUUCCUGAAAUCGAAGUCGUUGAUGAGGAAUACAAAAUAAAACCUAUAGAUGAGAACAUUCCUGAAAUCGAAGUUGUUAAUGGAUGGAAUGCAAACUCUUGGCCCUGGCAGGUGUCUUUCCAGACUUCCAGAGGUGAGCACUUCUGUGGUGGUUCCCUGAUCGACAAUUAUUGGGUCCUCACUGCUGCCCACUGUCUAAUUACGCCUAGAAAUCAUUUUGUUGUCCUUGGACAGACUGACCGUGGCUCUAAUAAGGAACGUAUUCAGACCAAGAACAUUGCCAAGGUCUUCACCCAUCCCGAUUACAACAAACAGACCAAAUUUAACAAUGAUGUUACACUAGUGAAAUUGUCCAGUCCGGUGCAGAUGACGUCCCGUGUCUCUCCUAUCUGUCUGCCUGGCUCCUCCUCCACCAUCCUCCCUGGGACUAUUUGUGUCACCACUGGCUGGGGCAGAACUGAAACCGAGUGGACUCCUCGGUUAUUGCAGGAGGCAACGUUGCCGAUAGUGAGUCAGGCUCAGUGUAGGAAAGAAUUUGGUCCAAAUAAAAUCACUGAUGCCAUGAUCUGUGCUGGAGGCUCUGGUGUCUCCUCUUGCCAGGGUGAUUCUGGUGGUCCUCUGAUGUGUGAGAGUUCAGGUGUUUGGUAUCAGGUUGGCAUCGUGUCCUGGGGCCAAAAAUUCUGCGAUGUUGGCGUUCCACUAGUUUACACCCGUGUCUCUUAUUUUCUCAAAUGGAUUGAUGAAAUUGUUCAAUUCAACUAGGGCACCAGCAUGAGUAUUUACCCUCAACAGGACACACAAGUCUGUCAAACAUUUUAUCUCUUGUUGUUCACUGAUUCUGGUUCUCAUGUGUCUGAACAUUCAGCCAUUAGUCAAAGUUUCCAGUUAUCAAAACAUUUUUUAUGAUGCUAUUGUUUUGAAAACUGAAAAUACCUCAUGAUGAUGCCAAUUCAAUUAUUAAAAACACUUAUGUAUCCACAAUGUAUCUGUUUUCAUCUUAAUGUAAUUAACUGAUUGUAUUACACUUGUUACCCAAUAAAUAUGAAAUUU